AUUUUUUAAGACGCCGUGAAAAUUGUGGCAAAAAACAGAAGCACUGAAAAAGGAGUACAGAAAUUUACAAACGCAACGUUGGAUGAUACGAUGCGGUAAAUGACACAGAACAACAUGGAAACGAACCAACAGAGUUGCAAUAAUUGUAGACACGACAUACUUCAAAUCACUUAAUCUAAAGAAAACAACAGUUUGAACGCACGUGGACUGCAUUUUACAUAAAAAUCUGCCUAUUUGUUUAAAAACUUGUAAAUAAGAAUGAUUAAAGCGAAGAAACGUGAGUCGGAGAAUGACACAGAUGGACCUAUUAAUAAAAAAGGCUCGAAAUUCGAAGGAGGUAAAGGCAAAUCUAAGGUAAACUCCACGGGAAAAUCCAAAUUUCCUCCAAAAACUUUUGCCAAAUCAGGUACAAAUAAAUUCUUAGGAAAACCGGGAGCCAACAAAUUUCCGGGAAAGUUUAAUGGCAGCGGCAAAUUUAAUAAGAAUGCUACAGGUAAGAAGUUGGGUGAAAAGGGGAGCGAACCUGCCGAAGGCGAAAAAACCGACUGGCGUAAAUUCAAACAAGAAAAGAAAGAGCUGAAACUUAAACGUAAGCAAGCCAAGGAUUCGUAUGAGGUGUCAGUGGAAGCUAAACAAAUUUAUGAAAAGCUGAAAUGUCGUCGUACAGAAAAAAAAGCUGAGCUGGUUGAAAAACUAUAUAAUAUUCUGAAUCGUGGCGAUGUGAUAAAAAAGUUAAUAAUGGCACACGAUACCGCACGUAUCAUACAAUGCAUGUUGAAGCAUUCUUCGCCUUUACUUCGUGAUCAAUUAUCCGAGAAACUACUACCUCUAGUGGUGGAAAUGUGUGUUUCUAAAUAUUCUCACUUUUGCGUACUAAGAAUGUUCAAAUAUGGCUCACCUACUAUCAAAUCAAAAAUUGUUGAUAGUUUUAUGGGCAAUGUAAUACGUUUGGCUGGUCACAAUAUAUCUAGUAAAAUUCUUGACCACGCCUAUCAUACUGUAGCUAAUACAAAACAACGUAUUUAUCUACGUCAAGAAUUCUAUGGAGAACUAUAUCGUCAGUCAAAAGAUGACGAUGUAAAAACACUUGCUGAUACUUUCAAAGACGCCAUCGAUAUGAAAUUGUCCAUAUUGAGUGCUGUUAAAUCCAACAUCGACCAUUUGGCUAACAAACAGUUAGUGGAUAAUUCUUUGGUGCAUGCAGUCAUUUUGGAAUAUUUAACAGUAUGUGAAGAUGAUAAAAUAGAGGAAACCGUUAGUGCAUUUGCGCCUCUAAUACCACUUAUGCUAACAACUAAGGAUGGCACUCAAGCGGCAAUUAUUUGUUUUUAUAAAUCCACUCCAAAAAAUAGGCGGGCUAUAAUAAAAACUAUCAAAGAUCACUUGAUAAAAAUUAGUACACAUGAACAUGGUCAUAUUUUCUUAAUAGCUUUAGUUAACUGUCUUGAUGACACAAAAGCAACUAAGAAGGCAAUAUACGACAAUUUGCAUCCCGAAUUGAAAACUUUGAUGGAAAAUCAAUGGGGUCGUCGUGUCAUCGAAUGGUUCGUUGUGCCUGCUGAUACAAAUUGUUUCCAUCCCAGCUUCAUUACAAGCAUUAAUGAUGGCUUGCAAUAUGGAAAAAAAGAUACAGAUGUUAGACGUAAAGAAAUAUUCGAACAGAUCGAAGAGUCCUUAUCCACAGCCAUUUCUGAAGAUCCGAAAUUUUGGAUGUCUAAUAGACAUAUAGGUCUCGUCACCGCCGAAAUAUUGAAGAAAUUAACCCAAGAGUACUUUCAGAAAGCUUCCAGAGCACUCGCUGAUGUUAUUGUGGAUACAACAUGGACUGUAACUGUAGAAGAGGAAGGAAAGGCGAAAAACGCAAAAAACAUUCACGAUGUAGAGAAAAUAAUUGCAGAAGCUACCAAAGCGAAGAAACAAAAACGCUUGGCAGCUGCUACUGACGUUGAUGAGCCACAGAACGAUUCAUCGGAUGAUGAAGUAAAGACUAAAGAACCGGUCGCUGUAGUAACAGUACGAGGCAUUGAGGAAUCUGGUCUGCAUAUUGUUUUGAAAAAGGUUAUCAAAAAUGACAAAGAACGUCUGUCCCAAAACGAGAGCGCAGAAACAUUUGGAUCAAUCCUCGUUCAAAAACUCAAUGAUGAUACGCUGCGAGAUUGGUUAAAUGUAAACCGGGCCUGUUUUAUAUUAUUAAAUGUUUUCGAGCAAAAUACUGAAGCUGUGAAAUCGGCGCUUAAAAAGCUCCUUAAGCCAUUAAGUGAAGUGCUAAAAAAAGAAAAAGGUGCUGGGCAAAAACUGUUAAUGAAUAAAAUGGAAUUUUAAUAUAGUAUCGUUUGGUUUAUUUUAAUUUUAUCAUAUGUAUUUUUGAUAAUUUUAAUGGAUUACUUGUUUAGCUAACAAUAUGAACGUAAUUACAAUUUAAAAAAACUUUA